UUUAUGUUUAUAAAAUGUGAGCUUAACUAAAAUAUAUUCAAAUCUUAUGUGCAUUACCAUGUUUAUAUAAGCAUGGUUAUUGAUGGAUAGGUUGGCCUUCCAACAGGAGGGAAGAAACUAUUUUGGAAGAGGCAUGUUACCAGGCCUCUCGAAGAUUUGCUGGAGUCCUUGGCAAUCAAACAGGGCACAAGAUGAUGGUCAAUCUCAAAUUCUUGUGUGCAUCAGAUGCAAGAACUCCAAGAGGAAAGGACAUUCUGAAUCUCAAUAUUCAUCCAAAGUAUCAUCAGAUAAUUAUAACAAGAAAGAAAAGUGGUUGAUUGUGGAUCCUCGAGGUUCAUUAGCACAUAGAUGGAACAUGCUGUUGUUCAUGGCUAGCAUGAUAUCCCUGUUUGUUGACCCUGUAUUCUUCUUGUUGCCUGAAGCUAGACCGGAGCUGUGCAUCCAGCUUGGCGGAGAUCUGAAAGUAAUCUUAUCAACACUAAGAACAGCAUUUGACUUCAUUUACAUGAUCAAUAUUUUAGUCCAGUUUCGAAUGGCAUACGUUGCUCCACCUUCUCGUAUGAUUGGGAUGGGAGAACUUGUAACUGACCCUUGCAAAAUUGCUGCAAGAUACCUCAAGUUUGGGUUCUGGAUUGAUCUAACAGCUGCACUUCCUCUUCCUCAGAUGCUACAAAUGCUGCACAGAUUUAUUCUGGCUUACCCGCUUUCCCUUCAACUCUGUAAGGCUUCUGGAGUCAUCACAGAGAAAGCCUGGUUUCAGGAAAUUGCUGGUACAUAA